UGUGGCGCACUUCUACCUGCUGCGUUACUGACAGCGAGGAGCAGCAACUUUGACUUUGUUUUAGCUCGGAUUGACCUUUGACAUGAACAGGUGAUUCCUGCCAAAGGUUAGAAAAAGUCCUUUUCUUCAGUUUGAACCAGUAAACGUCAACAAUGAAGAAGGGACUGCAUUUUCUGGGUCGAAAGAACCAAUCUCUUUAUGACACCAACAUUAAAAUCCAGGACAGAGACAAUAUUGAGUUAGUGCUGGAUUCAAAAUCUGCAGUCUUCGAAUCGGGUACUGCUAAAGUGAAAGCCAGACCCACCGUCAAGCAUCACACUUCCUCGUUGGAAGCUUUCCAAGGAUUUGCUGUACCAACUCCUACUGUUCCUGAUCUUCCUCCUGCCAAUGGCCCAAAGAUCAAUGGGACAGCACCAGGCCAAGAAGAGAAGAUAUUUGUCCCUCCUCCUCCUUCAAUGGCCCCUCCACCGCCUCCAGUGGAUUUCAUUCCACCUCCGCCAGACUUCAUGGGUGACUUAAACAGCUUAGACCCACUGGCCCUCCAGCCUCCGUCUAUGCCAGCUCCAAAGCCACCAUCUCUGGUGGAGGAGGAUUUGUCCAUCCUAAAACCACCGCCAAUGGCACCUCCAAAACCUCCAUCUACCUGCUCCACUGGAUCCGGGUCAUCAGUACCCAUCUCUGUCCCACCAGCAAAAGUCCCUGAACGUCCAAAGUUUGCCCCACCACAGCCCCCUACUGAAAAGCAGCAGAAGACUGUGAAGGUCCCACCUCCAAAGCCCAUCAGAUUAUCAUCUAUGUCUACUUUGGAGUCCCCUCCUCACUCCCCUGCACCACCUCCCCCAGUACAGACAUCAAAAUUGUCCACCUUUAACCCUCAAAACAAAGCAAAAGUUUAUGAUCCUCCAGAACCCACAUUUCCUAGCCAAAAGCCAAAAGCAAAGCAGAUGUUACUCUUACAAGAAUCAGGAUCAGUUGAAUCUGCACCUGUGCUGGUAACGGUAGAUGGAAAAGCUCCUCAAGCUGCUCAGCUAACUAAACCAGAGCCCAGAGCUGUAAAUGAAGUAAAGGAGGCAUUAGAAAUAAAACAAGACACCAUAUUACCUGAGUUCCAAAAAGAAAAGAAAAUAGAAGUUAAAACUGAGUCUAAAAAAGCAGCUCCAAUACCGGCUCCAAUAGUGGAGACUAAAGCAGAAAAUGUUCCAGCUCAGUCUGAUAUUACCAAGCCCCUCCAGCCUCCAUCCUCACAGAAAACGACUAGUGUCCAGAUAAAUUCACACACUAACAAGAACCAAUUGAAAGCCUCUCCAGCUCAAGGCCGCAGCUUCAGUCCCUUAUUGGACCGUAAACUGUACAGCCUAAAGGCCAAUGAAACCAAACCGUCAACAUCGCCGUUGGCUCUCCUGCAGGCGGCAAAGGAAAGAGAGAAACAAAGAACCACUUCUUCUCUGUCACGCGAAAGCAGCACCAAGAUGAGUGAAUCAGUGUAUUCAAAUUCCUCUACUGACAUUCCAAGGUCAACUUCUUCAAUUAUACCCAGUCAAAUUAGGCCAAAUGAGAAUGCAACUGUUAGACCUGUAGAACAAAAGAUUCAGAGUCCAGAAAAACCCUUAAGUCCAACAGCCCUGGCCAAAGAUCAGAAACUAUCGAAUGAUUUAGUUUUGACUAAUUUCACAGCGUCCCCAACUGUGAACAGCCUGGGUGAGCAGAAGCAAAGGGCAGAGGAAAAACUUUUAAAGUUGCAGGAUGAACACAAUGACAUUCCUAAAGAGGUAACUUUGCCAUUGCUGCCUCCACCGCCAGAGUUCGGUGACUUUGAUGAUCAAAUACCAGAGUCACCACCCUCCAUCCGUCCGCCUGAUCCCCCCUCGACAAAAGCACCAGCACCCCCGGAAGUCACACCAACACCACUAGUAGUUACAAAGUCUCCAGCACCAGCUAAAGCCCUAGCUCAAACUCCAGCACCAGCUAAAGCCCUAGCUCAAACUCCAGCACCAGCUAAAGCCCUAGCUCAAUCUCCACCACCAGCUAAAGCCCCAGCUCAAAUUCCAGCACCAGCUAAAGCCCCAGCUCAAAUUCCAGCACCAGCUAAAGCCCCAGCUCAAACUCCACCCCCUGCUAAAGCCCCAUCUCAAUCUCUAGCUCCACCACCAAAGCUCCCCCCUCCUGAUGUACAUGUCAAACCAAAGACACCAGUCCAGACUAAAUCCAGUCCAGUCCCGACUCAACAACCAAACAAUAUUUCAUCCAACCAGGCCACCCUCCUUAGUAUUUUACAGAAGAAGAUGUUGGAAAUGGAUCACAAAAUGGCUCCAGUUAACAAGUCAGAGCAAGGCUCUGAUGAGUGGGGUAGCUCUUUGUUUGAUGAAGACAACAAGAUGCCACCGGUGCCAAAACCGAAACAGGAAAGCAAAAAUCCCCCCACCCCCACUAACAAAACAGCAUCUUUAGACAUGAAAGAGUUGGAGAGCAAAGUGCUACAUAAAAACCAGCAGAGCACACAAGUGAAAAGUCCCCCCACCAAAAACGGGAUCCAAUCAAGACAUCAGUAUGGUUUGACGUUCACCAUCAGACCUGGAACCAAACAACCCAUAACACUUGUUAAUAAGGAGCACUGAUGUUGGACAAACCUGCUGUUCACACAGGAGCAUUUGCCAAAGCUACUUCCACAGUAAAAUGGGAUAAUUUGAAAGAUCUUCCUUUCUGCGACUCCGGCCUGUUUCUCUUUAAAUAAAAGACCAAUAAAAGCUACAUUUUUGGAGUGAGGCUAGGUAUUUAAAUGUUGUUAAUGUCAGAAAAAACAUUAACAAAGAGGUCUGUCAGAAACCUCACCAUUAAUAUGAUUUCUCAGAGUUUUUGUAAAUCCGCCUGUUUCCAUUAGACUAAUAAUGCAGGUCAAAGAAAUUAUUAUUUUCCAAGCCAUGCAAUGCAAAAUGAGUCAUUUUUUUUAAAAUAAGUGCAUUUUUUCAUGAGUUGAGGAGAUGAAACACUUUGGCAAUUGAACAAGACAAUUUAAAUUUAAAUAGGAAAAAACAAUUGCAUUGUCUUAUUUCAGGUGCAUUUCAUCCAAUUAUCUUAUUUUAAGAGUAAAAUACUCAUUCCAUUGGCACAUCAUCUUUUUUACCUACUCAAAUUAAGGGUAAAUACAUUUGAUAUAAGACAUUAUUGCUUAUAUCUAGAUAAUUUUUGCAGUGUGAUCUUUUAAAUGUUGAUGCAGUAAAUCUCAUCAUUGAUGCAGAAUAGGUUAAAGCUUUGGGUCGUUUUUGCUGAAAUUUCAGAUAAAGAGUAGGUGCAGAUUGAUUUUUUUCUCUCAAAAACAACAACAAAGAUAACUUUAAAAAGAUAGCAAGAGUAAUGUGGUUGGCACCUAAACAUUAUGUAUCAUUUGUGCAAUAACACAAACAUGCCUGGCGAAGAUGUUACAAGCAUUUUAUUAUUAUUUUGGAAGUUAAUGCGGAAAUUGUAGGGAUGGUCGUUGUGUUUCUUAAGUGGAGCUUUCUUCAGAUCUAGACAUUAAUAUGGAUAAUCUUUAGAGUGUUGUGGCUUUUUUUCUGCCUGUUAAAUCCUAUUUUAUUUGGAGACGCACAAACCAGUCUACCAAACUUUCCUUGACUGGCGCCUUUAAAAAAAAAAUGUUCUCCUUAUUCUUUUUGAAUUUUUCCAAAAGUUUUGAAGAAAUCAGGAAAGCUUAGGGAAAUAUGUUUUGUGCAUAAAAGGAGUUAAUAGUCAUUUUGUGGGUUAAUCUUACAGGUUAAGAGAAGCUACGCGUUUUUGUUUUUCUAUUUUAUGCGGAUUAGUCCCAAAACAAUCAAAAUGGACAAUCUGAAAAUCGAUAUCAGGCAGGAAAAAAAGCCUCACCUGUGCAUUUAUACCUGUUUUUGUUUGUUUUUUAGCAAUUUCAAUGUAUACUGGAAAUUAUAUUUGUUUGUGUAAAUUCUGGAGGUUUUAAAAUGUCUUUAGUUCUCUCAAAUAUUAAUUGUAAAUUAAACCAUUGUAUAAAAGAUCUUUAUAUGCUGGAAUUACACACAAUGUACCCAUAAUGUUUACUGUUACAUGUACAUAAGUCCACCAGAACAAAGCAGACUGCCAAUUUAGGUAACCAGUUGCAUGUUUUUUUUUAUAUUUAUUGAUUUUAAAAAUAUUUUAAUAUAAGGAUAUCCUGUGAUUAAUUAUUGAUGUAGUUACAUUCGCAUUAUUAUUGUACAUAAUAGCCUCAUGAUGAUUUUUUUUUUGUCUGUGUGUAAUUUUUAUAAAGCUUUU